CAUGGCCGACGUGCUGGAGGGCGGCGCCGCCGCGGGACGCGUGGGAGCCUCCGGCGUGGAUUGGCAGAAGCGCUGCGUGGCUCUGGAGAUGCAGCUGCUGAGGUUCCGACUCCAAGCGGGGAAAAUCCGGGAGCUGCUAGCCGAGAAGAUGCAGGAGUUGGAGCAGCGGGUGAUCGAGGCCGACCGGCGUGCCGAGAACGCGGAGAAACAGAUCCACACCAUGGAGGAAAAACUCAAGUCGGCAAACGUACAAAACAGAGGGUCCGAAAGCUUAUUGAACAGGAAGUAUCAAGACCUGAGCGCCCGGGUCCAAGAAAAAGAUGCCACCAUCAAGAGAUUAGAGAUACAACUCGAAAAACAGAUCGUAGUCAGAGCCCAGGAGGCUAAAAUCAUUGAGGAGAAGGCGGCCAAGAUUAAAGACUGGGUGACGAUAAAGCUCCGAGAGCUGGAGCAAGAGAACCAGCAACUUCAAGAGGCCAACGGGAAGCAGACGCUGCAGAUCAGGUUACUGCAGGACAAGCUACAAGCUCUUUUAGAGAAACCGGUCCCGUAUCCCGCUGGGUCACCCGGAAGCUCCCCCAGGACAGACGUCCACCCGGGACGGAGCAGUCCCUUGUUUCCUCAUAGCGGUCCCGGUACGUCACCCUCAUCAGAUGACAGCAGGAGCCCGGCGGUCGCCCGCCUAGCCGCCAAGAACUUGCCAACGGAUUUGAAAAGAUCUCCAGAACUCACCCGUAAAGGGAUUUGCAAAGGCAGCAUUCCAAACCCCAAUCCUCACUCACAAGACCAAAGCAGGAACAACCCCGGACCAGAACCCGUCAGCUGCUCCGAGGGUAAAGACAACUCAGACGAACUGAACAGCAAGUUCCGCUCCCAGUGCCUUCACUCGUCCUCGUCAUCUUCAUCUUCUUCCUCAGCGUACGAGAUGGACCAAGGACCCCCCAGCUCCUCAAAGUCUUCCCUCCGGCACGUGACCCAAAGUGCAUCUGUGCCAUGCUCGCCCUCUACGAACAACCCCUUUGCCAAUCCCGCCCAGGCAGCGGGUCCCCAGUCAGUCGCCAGCCUGACUUUGCCCAAGAUCCGGACUCCGCUCACACCUCGGGACAGCAUCCAGCUGGUGAAGAAGCACUUCAGCCAGCCCCAGCACAGCCUGGACCGACUCCACCAGCUAGUCAGCAUCGACAUCAUGCCGUCCACUUGCUCCACCCUUACCGCCAGCACGUCGCCCUUCUCCCAUCCCGUCGAGGAAACGGACAUUGACGACAAGCUCCCAGAUAGCAUGGACGGCGUAGUGGAAGGGUCUGGAUCAGAGGAGCCCACGCAGCGGGACGGGCUCCCUCUUGUGGGUCGCUCAGAAGAAUUGGAGAGAUUGGAGCCUGAUGUUCUGAAACCACCGACGCCUCCCUUACAUCGCUUCCCUUCAUGGGAGAGUCGAAUCUACGCCGUGGCCAAGGCUGGAAUGAGAGUAUCUGAGUCGUCUCCUGGAGCCAGGUGCCCCGGUCGAGGGUCCAUCUUGCCCCCGUGCCCAGCGGCCAGUCCAUUUGCGCAGCUGAUUUACAAGAACAUCAGCGUUCCGGUGUACACCACACUUAAAGGGAAAGCCACUCAGAUCAGCGCGGUGCCCCUGCGGGAUAACGACGAUUCGAGUUCCGAGGAUGACAGCGGCUCCCUCGCCAGCUUGCGGACCUCCACGCUGAGUCCAGACAAGCGUGGCGGCGUCCCUGGGAGUCCACGUGCCGUCAAGAGAGGUGUGUCCAUGUCGUCCAUCAGCUCAGAGAGUGACUAUGCCAUCCCACCCGACGCCUGCUCCCUGGACAGUGACUACUCGGAACCAGAACACAAAGUCCAGAGGACCUCGUCUUACUCCUGUGAAAGCAACGGGCCUGAGACGCUGGAGAAGUGCGGCUACCUUCUGAAAAUGAGCAGUCAGGUGAAGGCAUGGAAACGUCGCUGGUUUAUCCUGAGGAAUGGAGAGAUCCUCUACUAUAAAUCUCCUAGCGACGUCAUCAGGAAACCUCAAGGUCAGAUUGAGCUCAACUCGUCCUGCCACAUCGUACGUGGAGAAGGAGCACAAACCUUUCAAUUGGUUACGGAGAAGAAGACUUUCUACCUGACGGCGGAUUCACCCAACAUUCUGGAAGAGUGGAUCCGAGUUUUGCAAAACAUCCUAAAAGUUCAGGCCAGCAGCCCAGUCAGUGUGGAGCCCACCUCCGCCAAGCCCACUGUGACAGGCUGGCUCACUAAGGUCAAACAUGGGCAUUCCAAGCUGGUGUGGUGCCGUUUGGUCGGAAAGGUCUUCUAUUACUAUCGUAACCAGGAAGACAAGCUGCCCUUGGGCCAGCUGCAACUGCGCUCGGCGUCCGUCCAGGAAGUGGACCGCUCGUGCGACUCAGACGAGGACUACGAGGCGGGCGUCCGCGGCGGCUUCCUGUCAUCACAUUGCACCCUGGUGCUAAAGCCCACCAACCAGAGCCCCUCGUACCUCCUCGUCGGCACCAAACAGGAAAAGGACGCAUGGUUGUACCACUUGUGCGUGGCGGCGGGAAGUGGCGGCAACCUGAAGGUGGGCACCGAGUGCGAGCAGCUCAUCGGUAAACUGCUGGACGCAGACGGAUAUGCAGAAUGCAGCCUGUGGCAGAGCGACGCCCUGAGCUUCUCCAAGGAAGGUCUGCGCUCGCCGCUCACCACGUUGCCCUCGGACGCCCUGCAGACGGAAGCGCUCAAGCUCUUCAAGUCAUGCCAGCUGUUCAUCAACGUGCUCGUGGAGUCUCCGUGCGUAGACUACCACACAUCGCUGGCGCAGAACGCCCUGCAAGUAUGCCUGUCACACCCGGAGCUGCACAACGAGAUGUACUGCCAACUCAUCAAGCAGACCAACCGCCGCACGCCGCACAACUACUCCGUCACGCAGUGCUGGCAGCUGCUGUCGUUGUGCGUGGCGCUCUUCCUUCCCCAGCAGCACUUCCUCUGGUACCUCAGGCAGCACCUGCGUCGAAAUGCCGAACCCAGUAGCGACGUGGGCAAGUACGCAGUGUAUUGCCAGCGCUCCCUGGAGCGAACGCUGCACAACGGCGAGCGGGAGGCCAAACCAUCACGCAUGGAGAUCGUCUCCAUCCUUCUGAGAAACCCCUACCACCAUUCCUUGCCCUUCAGCAUCCCCGUGCACUUUAUGAACAACACUUACCAGGUAGUGGGUUUUGAUGGCUCCACCACUGUGGAGGAGUUCCUCAACACUCUGAACCAGAGGAUAGGCAUGCGGAGUCCUCAGCUGUCCGGUUUUGCUCUCUUUACUGAUGACCCGUCCGGAAAAGACCUGGAGCACUGCUUGCUGCCCACUGCCAAGAUUUGUGACGUUAUUUCCAAGUGGGAGCAGGCCCUCAAGGAGCAGCACCCGGGGAAGAAUGAGGGCACGCGGAUUGUACGGUUAACUUACAAGAACAGGCUUUGCUUCCGCUCUCAGGUCAAGGGCGAGACGGAGCGCGAGCGCCUCCUGCUGGCCCAUCAGGUGAAUGACAACGUGCAGCAGGGCCACUUCCCCGUCAACAAAGAGCUGGCGCUGGAGGUGGCUGCCCUCAUGGCGCAGGUGGAACACGGCGAUCUGGAGCGAACGGCCGCCGCCCCUCCCUCAGCCUCCUCGCCCGCUUCGCCUCAACCCAAAUCUCAGCUGUUGCUCCUGCAGGCAUUGGAGCGCUUCUACCCCAAACGCUACAAACACAAUUGCGGCGCCGAGCAGCUCAGGGAGCUGAGCGAGCGUUUGUCGGCCAGGUGGUCCAUGCUACGCGGCUGCAGCGCGGCCGAGUGUGUGAGAAUUUACUUGACGGUGGCGCGCGGGUGGCCCCUGUUUGGGGCCAAACUCUUCAGCGUCAAGGCUGUGCCACCCGCGCCUCACGAGCAAGGCCCGGCCUGGUUGGCCGUUAACGAGGACGGGCUUUGCGUGUUGGACUACGCCAUGCACACGCUGGCCUCGUACAGCUACCGGUCGGUGGUCACCUUUGGCGGCUGCUGCGACGACUUCUUGCUGGUAGCCAGCCAGCAGACAGAGUCGGGAUGCGGGAAGAAGAGCGUGGAGAAGCUGCUGUUCGCCAUGGCCAAACCAAAGAUCCUGGAGUUGACGCUCCUCAUGGCCAGCUACAUGAACCACUGGACCCCGGGCGCUCCGUCCAAUACCUCCCAGGAGCCCCAAGCGCACUGGGAUGCGAAUGCCCGCCACUUCCCCACCAUGAACUACACCACCAAGGUCCCCACGCUACUCUGACCGCCGUGGCUAAAAGUGCCUAGCUCAAGUUUCCUUUAUUUGUCUUUAGCCUGCUCCCUAAAAUGUGUUACUAAGGAACAAUCAUUCGGUAAGAUACAAUGAACACCUUUCCCACGUCAUGGUUUUGACUUGGUUUGAAAUUGUGACAGAAAAGUAGAUUCUACGAGGUACUUUUUCUUAUUCUUUCAUCUUUAUUAGUGUUUAUCAGGACCAUGGGACAAAAUUCAUUCUCCAUCAU